UCGCAUUUUUACUACUUAUUCUUAUUCUUGAUCUGACCUUUCAACUACAUAACACGGCACCAUGGGUCUCUUCUUCGCCAACGACGCCGUCGACCUCCAGCCCGUCUCGCCCCCUCUCGGCGUCCACCUCCACCACACCGCCCAGAAACCCACCACCCUCGUCCUCAAGGAGAGCGUUUUCUCAUGGACCGGUGACGACUUUAGCGUCAAAGACACUGAGGGCCACACCGUCGUCAAGUGCUCUGGCAAGGCUAUCUCCUUCCGUGACCGAAAGGAGAUCUCCGACGCCAACGGCAAGUUCAUGUUUGCCAUCCGCAACAAGCUCAUCGCUAUCCACAAAACUUUUGUCGGCGAAGACAAGGAGGGAAAUGACCUUUUCAAGAUCAGCAAGAAAUGGGGUGUCGGUUCUCACAUGGUCGCCACCUUCAAGAAUGCUUCCAACGGCCAAGACACCACCCUCGUCCUCCGCGGUGACUUUUGGGGCGGUUCGGCCGACAUCAAGGUCGACAACGGACCCGUCGUUGCGCAGAUUACGAGAAAGAUCUUCAAUGCCCGAGAAUACUUUGGUGACAAGCAGACUGUGAACAUCCUUUUCUUCAGAAGGGAUUAAGAAGGGAGGCUGAUGAGGUUUAUAGUACAUGGUUACUGUUGCGCCCGGUGUCGACCUCGCGCUCAUAGCUGCCGUCUGCAUCUGUUUCGACGAGGCCAAGAAUGAGAACGAGGACAAGGACUAAAUAGGAUAACAGAGGUUCAAUGACAAGUUUGUAGAUGUAUAAUGCAAGACACGGCCAUACACGAUACCAGAAACGCAAGGAAUGAUGAGUCUUCAAUACAGUCCACUGUUUCUCUAUGUGUCCUCUCGCUAUGAAUGCC